UCAUCAGAGAGCAGCUCCAGUGCAGAGAAAAGGAUGAGGGGAAGCAGCUCAUGUUCCUGCAGGCCAUCUGCCCCGCGUGACUUGCUGGGCAGGACAGAGGGCAGGACACACUGGAGCUGCGCUGCUGCAAGGCGGCUUUGGUGGAGAGGAUUGUGCACCAUGAAACCAGCCCUUGAGCCUGACCUAGAGACCCACCUCUUGCGAGCUGCCCUUCGCUCCGUCUUCACCCUGGGCACGGAGAAGGACACCAUCAACAUCCAGGCUCUGCACAAAGUCAUGCCAGAGCUCCUGGAUGCCAUGCUGGGGAACCUGCUGGCAGAGUCCCCAGACGGAGACAGGUUCCACUCCAUCUUGGAGCAUGUCAACCUCUGGAUCGUGUCCAGGGUGUCCCAGGAGAGAGCCAGGGCCAUUAGGAGCAGCAUGGCCCUGCUCAGAUUAGCAGUCACCCUCCCUGAGUUUGACAUCUCAGCAGAGUUCCCUAGGAUGGGUCACCAUGUGGCACAGCUGGCUCUGUUUGUUAGUGACCCAGACAAGGACAUCAGCCGGCAGGCCAGGGAGGGGACUUACCGGCUGUACCAGCUGCUGCUCCAACAGAGGGGGCUGACCAUACAUGAGGCAGAAGAUCUGUGGUGCCACGACUGGCACCAGGACAGCAGGCUCCUGGGCUAUGAGAACACAGCCAGGGUGGGGGAGGUCUUUGGAAAAUUCUUCUCUAAGGGGCAGAGAAAAUACUUCCUGCAAACAGCAAUGCUGGCGAUCCAGGACCCCCUGCUGUGUGUCAGCCAGGCUGGGCUGCUCCUCACAUACUCCAUCCUGGGGGAAGCCCAGCAGCUGAUGGGGGACAAGCUGGAGGAUGUCACAGCCAAGGUGAUGUGCCAGCUCCGCAUCAUCCGGCACUUGCACCAGGUGCCCGAGGCGCUGAAAGGGCUGCGCCUCAUCUGAUGCCCUUAAAGGUUCCCCUCCCAUGUUCAGCAACUCCCGCUCCCUGCUGCAGCUCCACUUCCCGCAGCAGGACAAACGAACCUUCAGCUCCUAGAGACCUGACUCUGACCUCCUUCUGAUCAGCAAUGGGGUUUCACCAUCCCCUCAACAAACCUGUCAGCCUCUGAAUGAUGAAUGUCAAAGUCACCAGAACCAGCAAAACUCCAACUGCAGCCAGCCGAGCCUUUGUGAACUUAGCCCCUCUGGAAACCAGGUCUGAACUCAUGGACUCCUAGACUUUAAGGUCAGAAGGGACCAUUAUGAUCCUCUAGUCUGACCUCCUGCACAAUACAGGCCACAGAAUCUCACCCACCCACUCUUGUAAUA